AUGGACGGCUCAUCCGUAGAAGAGGAAGAGGAAGAUGAAGACAUGAUGGAGACAAAGCCGGGCCCAGACUCGGAGCAGCCAGAUGAAGACGAAAACAAGGAAACCAAAGAAGGCUCCUUUCCGGUGCUGCGGGAGCUGACGGAGGAGGAGAGGCAGCAGAUCCUGCACUCCUCCGAAUUCCAGAGCUUCUUUGACUGCAGCAUCCGGGUGAUGGAGAGAGCUCUGGCCGAGGACGGCGACAUCUUCUUUGACUACAGCGGCCGAGACCUCGAAGACAAGGAGGGGUUUCCCAAAAUCAAUCUGGAUCCAAUCUGGAAGUGCCACGAAAAACUGAUUAGCGCUGGCAGUCAAAAGGAGGCCGUAGUCUGGAUGGGAGAGCACAUUGACUCCGGCAGUGGCUCCAGUCUGUCCUUCAGCCGGCUCUUCUACGACGAACACUGGUCAAAACAUCGGGUCAUCACCUGUCUCGACUGGUCCCCUCAGUACCCCGAGCUGCUCGUCGCCUCGUAUAACAACAACGAGGACGCCCCCCACGAACCGGACGGCGCGGCCCUGGUGUGGAACAUCAAGUUUAAGAAGGCCACACCAGAAUACAUCUUUCACUGCCAGGGGCUGUUUGCCGGAUGGAUAGAUAGAUGCCUGAGCAGCGUGCGCGUUUCCUCCCGAGUUUGUGUUGGAGCUUUAUGCAAAGGCUCUGGCGUGCGUGCGGAGGACACAAAAGAGGGGCAGUGUGGGUUGGUGCAGAGGGGCUGA